AUGUCUGCGAAGCCCUUCAAGGUCAUCAACAGUGACAAAGCCGAGCGCUUCCUCCAGACGAUCGAUGUCACGCCGCGGUGGGCCAACUUCCAGUCCAACUUCCCCACUCUGGAGUCUGCGGAGUCUCUACUACCCGUCUCGCAGCUGUGUGGAAUGCUCGACGAGCGACCCGCGGACACCAUGGUCGACUUCGAUGCCGUCGAACGUUUCAUACUCGAUCAAUUUGGGUCUCCAGAAAUGACUACCUCUGAUGGGGAAGCCAUUGAGAUCGACUCCGACGAUGACUGUGAAGACAACGGCGUCCUCACUGCAAAUCCCCGCAAGUCCAACAUAGACGACACGUGGGAGCUGCCAUUGACAGCGGACCAACUUCAGAUCACCGCAGUGCAAGAAGUGGAUGAGUCCAACGUGCGAUCUUUCCGCAAAUCUGUCGAUCUUACGGAAGAAGACCCAUGCGACAUACGAGACCGCUAUGACACCUCGACCAACCCACUCUCCUUCGGAAAUACACCUGUCUCGCAAACGCUCAUGAAGGCUGUAGUGCAGCGUCUCGGGGACCGGGUGUCCGAGGUCAUGGCGUCACUAGCCUAUGAACAAAACUCUCUCGAGGUGGAAGGAGGGGAAAAGUGGUAUUUCGGGAUAUUUAUAUGGGUGGCGAACGGCGAACUCCCCCUCCUCCGAUUUGCAUCCAUAUCCCAUCUAACCGCACACGUCCCCCUCGGUGAAUUAUUCGGUAUCCGCGACAUUCUCGAGCUGCUCGGACUUCAAGAGGUGCUUGUUUGGGACCCGAUUCAAAACGCCUGGAGAAUGCAACCGCGCCGCAUACGUAUGCAAUUCUUUGGCCGAACCUGUCAAACCAUCGCUGUCGCUGCCGUCCUCCGAUUUGUCGUACUUUAUACUUGGGACCUCGCAUUUAUACGACACACUUCAGUGGGGUGGCCUUUCUAUGAUUUACCCUGGCCUCGGACCAAGAAGAGGGAGGUGGAUGAGGACGAAGCCGCGCGGGGUGGAAAGCAGCCCGCGCCGUGGACCCUGUCGUAG